AUGACACAUGCAUACAUUGAAAAAUUAAAAAAUUAUGGGGCCAAAGAUUCCUCAGAAAAUAGCGACUGGAUUUUAUUGAAUGAAAAUUUGCUAAUUUACCAGAACCAAAUUGAUUAUUUAAAAUCUAAGUUAGUCGCAGUCGACGCAAAAUUAUUACUUACCGUUUACUAG